AUGCAGGUUGAAGCGGUGACAACGAAGUGGCGCGUCCCACCGCUGGACCUGUCGGCGGUCAGUGUCCUUACGAACGAGGCCGAGCGUCGCUGGGCUCACGGUGGAGAGCCGACACGACGCGGUGACACGGUGGUGUCAUCCACGAAGAAGAUCUCGUACGGGGCCGACGGAUUGCCGGUCGAUCCGCGUGACUGGACGCGGGCCAACGUGUGGACGUGGCUGAUCAAUCUGGCUCAAUCGGAGGGCCUGGACAUCAGCCCCGAGCUGGCGCAGAAGUUCCCGAUGAACGGCAAGGCGCUCUGCCUGAUGAGCCUGGAUAUGUACCUGAGCCGGGUACCGGUCGGUGGCAAGAUGCUGUACCGUGACUUCCGUGUCCGGCUGGCCAGGGCCAUGAGCUUAUGAGCGAAUCGGGACCUGUCAGGGGAACAUAGACUAAAGCCUUAUAAGUGGGGGAACUCUAACGGCACUCGACGCUAGGAUCGCAUGUUGAAAUCCGCGCUCCUAUCGUCCAUCGUCUGUCGCACCAAUUGUAAGCUAAGGUAUUUAAUGAAUGGAUUAGGUGUUAGCAUUUAGUUACCAUAAGCUAGCUUUCCAAAGUUUUUUUUUUUUUGUACAUCUCCUAUCCAUUUUCCAUUGGAAACGGAACAACACUCGAAGGUACACACCAGUAACAACAGUAAUCUGGGCAGUAAUUUCAGCGCUGCAGCGGAGAAGAAACCAAAACUAAGUAUAUGAAAGCGCUUGCGAUACAAAAAACGGGGAAAACAGAUGUGCAGCUAACGCGGGAGGAAAUGAUGUUAAAAUAUAUUCAAAUUAUCAAUCCUCUGUUUCACACUUCUUGGUCAAACACUGGUAAACUCCAGAGCGAGCGAAGGAGCUAGAUCUGUCCAUUAUUUUUAAGCC